AAUCAGAUCUCUUUCGUCAUCAGCGUUGCCUGACUCGCUGUGAGACCCUGACCAUCGCGCGGGGUCCCUAGCCUGUUGACACUCCAACAACACCCAUCACCAGCCACACGAACACAGCCAGCUUACACAGCCAUACCUCCCAAGCUCGAGCAUCACCAAAGAUAUGGCGUCGAAAGCUUUUGACACCUCCAAGCUGCAGGCUUUUGGCAAUGCGGCUGCCGGCCACGAUGGUGUUCUCAGCGACGAGUCCGGCGCCGUGGUCGUCAAGCCUUGCACCGCAGCCGAGAUCGCCUUCUACGAGACGGUCGCAACGUCGCACACAGAUCUGCUGCCCCACCUCCCAAUCUUCAUGGGCCAGCUGUCCAUCGACGCGUCAGCCGACGCAGCCGAAGACACAGGCACGAUCGAGACCGCCGAUGGCACCACCGAGCGCCUGCACGGCAAGAAGCUUGCCACAGACAUGCACAUUGUUCUCGAGAACAUCACGCACGGCUUCAAGAAGCCGAAUGUUUUGGAUCUGAAGCUGGGCGCACAGCUGUGGGACAACAAUGCGAAGCAGGAGAAGAGAGACCGCCUUGACAAAGUCAGCGCUCAGACCACAAGUGGAAGUCUGGGCUUCAGGAUAGCAGGCAUGCGCACCUGGCUGGGCGCGUCGCCGCCGGAAGUGCCGGAAGACCUGAAGCCGUACGUCGAGCAGGACAAGGAGGGCGGAUACUGGGUGUACAACAAGAUGUACGGGCGCAAGUUUAGCGCGGAGGGUAUCGACGAGGGCUUCGAGGCGUUCGUGCCCCAGGGCUCGGACGCGGAGAAGGCGAGAGCGAGAGAGGUGCUGGCGUACUUCCUAGGCGAGGUUAAGGACAUCCAGGAAGCAUUCGAGGCAAAGGAGAGCAGGAUGUACAGCGCGAGCAUUCUGCUGGUGUACGAGGGCGAUGUGGACGAGUACGAGAACACGAAGAAAGUGCUCCGGUCGGCGCGGCCAGACGAAGACGACGACGACGAGACCGUGCCGAAGCUGGCGGCGGUCAAGAUGAUCGAUUUUGCCCACGCCACCUUCACACCCGGCGAGGGGCCCGACGAGAACGCGCUCAAGGGUAUGAGGAGCACGGCGGCCAUUCUGAAGCGCCUGUUGGACAAGGCCGAGAAGGACGCCUGAUUGUGAUUUGCGACUGCUGCGACUUAGCGGAUAGAGGGACGCGUGUGUAAGGACCAAGAAUUAUAUUACAUCAGGUAGCUAUGAUGCUACUUUCCUUGAGACCAGACCGGUGCUCGACGCAAACGCUGACAUUGGAUGUAUCCGUCCCGUGAACUCCAAAACACCAACCGAAAUACCACCAAUGCAAAGCCAGAACCGAGAACCACCGAACAGUACCGCCAGUCGGUGCAGAUAGUAUCCACUCUUUGGGUAGACGCGAGCGCCAACAAAGCAGGACGUAGAUCACACACGGCGAACUUCCAACCCAAAACCUGAAGAGUCAAAACCACCACCAUUCAAAAAGCAGACCAACCUCAACUUACCAGAGAAUCCUGAACCGGCCGUCCUCCGAUCGAACACUGAUUUGCCACCAGCAAAACCAGAGCCCCACCUCUUCACCCGCUCUCAGUGCCCACACCCCCGACACGGCCACGCCCCCCCAUGCGCCCAACACCACCC